CUGCACGCGCUACAGACCUUUAUAAAUAUAAGCCGCGGCGGGGACCAACUGCUUGUACUUCUACCGCUGGACAGGGAGAGACAUCAUCCUGUUUCAAGAGUGUUUCAGCAUCGCUUCACUUCCUUCGGGCAUAGCAACAAAGCACCAUGUCAGGAAUGAUCGUCAAGCUCAGCCGCAGCGUGAGCCGCGCUGCCCCUGUUCUAAGUCGCAGCGUCCACUCGGGCAAACGGUCGGCCUCCACGGCUGCCACCAAACUGAGCUCGGAACGCCCGCUUACCUCAGAGGAAAUCUACGUCCGUGAGGAGAAACACGGAGCACACAACUACCAUCCCCUUCCUGUGGCCCUGGAGAGAGGAGAGGGUAUCUAUAUGUGGGAUGUAGAAGGAAACCGGUAUUAUGACUUCCUGAGUGCUUACAGUGCAGUAAACCAGGGCCACUGUCACCCAAAGAUCAUUGCUGCACUGACAGCCCAGGCCUCCAGACUCACCCUGACCUCCAGAGCGUUCUACAAUGAUGUGCUGGGAGCCUACGCAGAGUACAUCACCAACCUGUUUGGCUAUGACAAAGUCUUACCCAUGAACACAGGUGUUGAAGGUGGAGAGACUGCCUGCAAGCUUGCAAGAAGAUGGGCAUACGAUGUGAAGGGGGUUCCCAAGAACAAGGCCAAGAUUAUUUUUGCAGAUGGAAACUUCUGGGGCCGCACCAUGGCAGCCAUCUCCAGCUCCAAUGACCCCAGCAGCUAUGAGGGUUUUGGCCCCUUCAUGCCAGGCUUUGAGAAUAUCCCCUACAACGACAUCCCUGCACUGGAGAAAGCUCUUCAAGACCCGAAUGUUGCAGCUUUCAUGGUGGAGCCCAUUCAGGGGGAGGCUGGGGUGGUGGUGCCCGACCAAGGCUACCUGACCAAAGUCAGAGAACUCUGCACCAAAUACAAUGUGUUGUGGAUCGCUGACGAGGUGCAGACAGGCCUGGCGAGGACUGGCCGGCGGCUGGCUGUGGACCAUGAAGAAGUCCGUCCAGACUUAGUGAUUCUGGGCAAAGCUCUCUCUGGAGGAGUUUACCCUGUGUCUGCUGUGCUCUGUGAUGAUGAGAUUAUGCUCAACAUCAAGCCUGGAGAGCAUGGGUCCACAUUUGGGGGCAACCCAGUGGCCUGUCAGGUCGCUAUGGCUGCACUAGAGGUGAUGGAGAAUGAGAAGCUGGCAGAGAACGCUCAGAGGAUGGGAGAGCUUCUGCGGACUGAGCUGAACAAACUUCCCAAAGACAUUGUGAACACAGUCAGAGGGAAAGGCCUACUGAAUGCAGUCGUUAUCAAAGAGACCAAAGACUAUGAUGCCUGGAAGGUGUGCCUACGCCUCCGCGACAACGGACUGCUGGCCAAGCCCACCCACGGGGACAUCAUCCGCUUUGCCCCUCCACUCAUCAUCAAAGAGCAUGAGAUGCAGGAAUGCGUCGACAUCAUCCAGAAAACCAUCCUCUCCUUCUAAAAACACCACCUCUCCAACCCCUCCACCAUAUCAACAAUGCACAGACAACCUGCAAACUGACAUUCACUAUUAACCGAGGCUGCUGUAUGGCCUGUCCAAAAAAAUUCACACUUAUUCGUCGUGUCUAAAUCAAGUUGUUUUUCAAAGAUGAGACUCUUUGAAGGUUUUGACGGUGGAGACGCUGUAUACAGACUGUGUAGUGCGCCCCUAUGAGGCGACACUGACACUUUUGUACAGGAAAACUGCUGUAAGGGAAAAAGACUGAAACACGGGGAAGACUUGAGAAAUAAUUCAUCUUGAAAGAUGCGUUUAAAAAAAAAAAAAAAGGGUAAAUCCACAUUUCUGCUGGUAAUUGGUGAUGUAAAUAAUUAAUGUGCUAUCUUUAAAUAUUCCUUUUUAAUUUUAAAAUGCUGCUUUUACAAGCAAAGAGUGCUUUCUAAAGCUUUGAAUACUUGAUUUCAAAAUGUAUCAAGUAGUAAUGUAUGGGGGGUCACACAAGUAGAGAGUCAUGUUACAUUUGAGGUCUGUUGGUCUACAGUAGGGUUUCUACAACACUGAAAUGUAAAUGGAUUCCAGAUCUUGAAUGAUCUUUUUUUUUGUAAAGACUUCUAAAGGUUAAAAAAAUGCUUAACUUUCAAAUCUCCUUUCCACAUUUGUAGUGCUUUCCUUUUAAUUGAAUCUGUUACUGUGAAAGGAAUGCUUUCUUGCAGCUGUAGAACUUGAACUCUUUAAUUGAACUUAUGUCUUUUUCUUUAUGCUAUUUAAUUUGGAUUAGUUUAUUCUAUUUAAUUUGGUGUAUUGUAUGUCUACAAGGUCACAUGUAAGGGAUGUAAAGAGUGUAAGGAGGACUCUGGCUGCUAGCGGAAGCUGGUUUGGUUUGAAGUAGUUACAGAACCUGUUUAUUGUUCUGUUGAGCAUUUCGUUGUCUGUUAGAAAUGCAAAUAUUGUCUUUUCAAAGACAAUGUGACCGUUUAUGUUGUUACAUGAUCCCUUUUUUCCUCCAAUAAAUUAUUGCAGGUCUUA